CACCUACCAGCAACCGAAAACAGCAAAACAUUGUCACAGAGGCGAACCAGAGGAACCUCUCUUGUCUCGGACCAAGACAUACACCAACAGAUCUCUAAGGACGAGACAUCCCGGCGAUAUUAACGACGACCAUGUCGACGGAAGACGUUAAGCAAGACUCAACCAACGGAACACUGGGCCCCUUCUCCAAAGAUUAUGCUUCUUCCCUCGAUGCAGCGGACUCUCUGGCACAUUUCCGCUCCAAUUUUUACAUUCCAACAGUAACAGAUCUUAAAAGGCCGACCUUAGCCACACCUCCCGACGAGGGCACGGCACAGCCUUGCACAUAUCUAUGUGGCAACUCCCUGGGACUGCAACCUGUCAGAACUGCCGAAGUCGUCAAUGCCUUCCUCACUCAAUGGCGCACCAAAGCCGUCACAGGGCACUUUGUUGACCAUACCGACUCUCCUCUGCCGCCGUUUGUGGACAUCGAUGAUCACGCAGCAAAGCUGAUGGCUCCCCUAGUUGGCGCUCUCGAGGCCGAAGUGGCUGUUAUGGGCUCGCUUACAGCCAACUUGCACUUCCUCAUGUCCAGCUUCUACCGUCCAAGCAGGAAAGGAGAAGGUCGAUGGAAGAUUCUUCUCGAAGGCAAAGCGUUUCCCAGUGACCAUUACGCCGUCGAAUCGCAGAUUGUCCAUCACGGCCUCGACCCAGCAGAGGCAAUGGUCCUACUUGAGCCGACGGAUCCUCGGUAUCCCAUCUUACCCACCGAACAGAUCCUGGAGACGAUCAACCAGCAUGCCUCAGAGCUCGCCUUGAUUCUUCUGCCAGGCGUCCAGUUCUACACAGGACAGUAUUUUGACAUUCAGAGAAUAACCUCUCAUGCUCACUCUCACGGUAUAUUGAUCGGAUGGGAUCUGGCGCAUGCUGUUGGCAACGUCGACGUGAGAUUACACGAUUGGGACGUCGACUUCGCCGCUUGGUGUAGCUACAAGUAUCUUAACUCAGGACCAGGAGCAAUGGCAGGAAUCUUCGUCAACGAAAAGUAUGGCAAAGUUGAUGCGGAAGGGUCAACACCAAAAUUUUGGCCGCGCCUAAGUGGGUGGUGGGGAGACGACAAGUCUACCAGAUUUCAGAUGACGAACAAAUUUGUGCCCCGACCCGGUGCCAAGGGCUAUCAACUAUCUAAUCCAAGUGCCCUCGAUCUUGCCGCGGUCGUCGCAUCCCUGCAAAUAUUCAAUGAAACUUCGAUGGCAGACCUUCGACAGAAGUCUUUGAGGUUGACCACCUACCUCGAGCAGCUCCUGGAUGCUUUGGCACUCAAGAAGCCUGGGCUAUUCGACAUGGUCACCCCUCGAGAUCCAAGUGAGCGUGGUGCCCAGCUAAGCAUUCGCUUAGCGCCAGGUCUGCUCGAUAGUGUACUUGAAAAUCUUGAGCACGCAGGCAUCAUCGUCGACGAGAGGAAGCCGGACGUGAUUAGAGUUGCGCCGGCGCCCUUGUAUAACUCUUUCCUCGACGUGUUCCGGUUCUGCCAUGUUUUGGAGGCAGCUCUAGAUAAAUCGUCUGCGGCUUCGAAAAGCUGAGAAGUCAUACGCUUCAGUCAAAGGCGCCGCUUCCGUCAAUCAUCUUCGCUAUCGCUUGUCUCAGCAUCCCGCCACAAGACAAAGUCAAAGCGACCUUCAAGAUUUGCCCGGAUGUAUUCACGGAUUAGUUCUUGUUCCGAAUCGCUCAGGUCGUAUUCCGGAGCAGCAGCCAUCAAUGAUAGGUUGAAUCCUUUCUGGGUCUCGGUGUCGAGGCUAGCCAAAAAUUCCAUAAUGGCAGAGGAGCUGAACUGUGUCAUGGCGUACAGUGUCAAGUUCUUGAGGUUCUUCAAGCCAGCAAGCGCGGGUAAAAUGUCUUCCGAGACUUCACCACCACUAGUCCAGAAGUCUUCGAGAAGUGGGAGGCUCACAGCAAGAGUCGUAAUGUGGUCUCCCGAGAAUUCGUCGGACACGUCUUUUAGGACGAGUUCUUUCAAGUUCUUCAAUGCGCAAAGACCUUGGACCAUGAUUGAGAGGUCGUCAGGAGUGGUGUCUUCGCCGUUGCCCUUGAGCCACACCGACUCCAGGGACUUUUGCUCGGCAAGCGCACCGUGGAAUAACUGUGCAUUGGUAUGACGAACGGUGUAUCCUUCCAGCGACAGUUUGGUCAAUUUAAUGUUGGGCGAGCAGAGUACUCGCGAGAGAAUAGCUGGGCCAUCUAAGAAUUUCUUUAGGCUCAAGUCGCGCAGAUUUCGACAGGAACUGAGCCAUUGAACCACUUCAAGGAAGACAUCAUUGUUUGAUUCUUCCAACUGGACAGUCCCAUAGAGGUCGUCGAGCUUGACAAUUUGCAGUUCGGUGCAG